AUGGACGCUUCGAUGGAGCUGAACAUUAAUGCUCAGGGCUCGCAAGAGAUGGCGAAAGAGUUGACGCUUGCACAGAAAAUUAAGGAGAAGUGCACGACUAAUGACGGAUUCAUAUAUAAACUUCCGCUUAAGGUAGCAUUAGAAGAUGAAAAUAAUCUAUUGGCUUCAUAUGAGAUCGGCGAUCCAGGGGCUGGAGGUGGAGUGGGGAAGGUACUGAUGCUUGUCGGAGCUACAGGAUCAGGCAAAACUACUCUUGCCAACUCGAUCGUGAAUUAUGUGUACAGAGUCACUUGGGAGGAUGGAUUUCGUUUCAAAUUGACCAGCGACGAGAGUGGAGAGAAGUCCCAAGCUCGCAGUCAGAGCAAGUGGAUCACUACAUAUGUCUUGCACCAGCAGGAAGGCUUCGCUUUGCCGUACACCUUGACAAUAAUUGAUACUCCUGGAUUUGGAAAUACUGAAGGCAUACAUAUGGAUGAAGGAUUGAGGUAUCAGAUUCAGAAGUUCUUUUGCAAUGGAGGCCAUGUUGGAGUCCAUGAACUAGUUGGAAACAUCCAAGAAACCAAUCCUAUAAGCCUGUCUUUGACUAAAGCAGUCCUGGAAGAGAGGAAACUUUUGGAGGAAGCCCUGCAGGGUAUCCAAGCACAACUCAAACCAAUCCCUGAACUGCAGAAUCAGAGCGCGGCACCAUGGUCAACAUUAAAACACCAGAGAACAGAAAAUACCAGGAGAUUCGACACUUUGAAAAGAGUGCCAGGAGGGAAAUAUACGACAUCAGCUAUUGGUCCUGAAGGAUUUCUACCGAAACUCAUGGAUGUCAAUUGGACGGGUGAAGAAAUCGUGAAUCUGAGGAAGAGGGCAUAUGAAUCCAUGCAAAAACUUAAAAAUAUAGCGUUGAAGCCAGACCCUUUGGGGGUCUCCGAUUAUAUCGAUCUCUUGAUCGAGACCGAGAAACAAGAAAUUGAACCUGGUUAUAUACAGAGAAUUAAGUACCUUCAAGGCAUAAGAGAAAAAGCUUCCUUGGGUGAAAAGCUCAAGAAAGACUUCGACAUGUUCGAGAGAUAA